CAGGUAAAAGAAGCUUCCACUUCCACUCUGGCCGAGAAACGCAUACAAGAGAACAGUGAAGCGUUGGCAGUGGAACAAGAAAGAACAAUAGACUUGUGCCUGUGAAGUGUAUCCGGCCCCUUCAAAUUUACACCGAUGACCGUCUCGUAUUCAAGAUUGGUCGCGAACGGAAGCAGUUUCGGCUGUUUUUGGAGCAUACUUUUCAAAUGGAGAGGGAGCGUGUAUAAACUGAUAUGGCGGGAGUUGCUCGUCUACCUAGCUUUAUAUUUCUGUAUAAAUCUAACGUAUAGGUUCGCCCUAGACCCGCACCAGAAGAGGGUAUUCGAAAACAUUAGGGAAUAUUGUACAAAACAUACGGAAAAUAUUCCAAUGUCGUUCGUGUUAGCUUUUUACGUAAGUUUAGUCGUCAAAAGAUGGUGGGAGCAGUACAGGCUUCUACCAUGGCCCGACACGCUCGCUCUCUUCGUCAGCGCGGCCAUACCAGGGGUCGACGAACGAGGAAGGCUAAUGAGGAGAAACAUUGUAAGAUACGCCGUGCUCGCGUAUGUUAUCACACUAAAACACGUCAGCGUACGUGUAAAAAAGCGUUUCCCCACAUUGCAGCACAUCGUGGACGCCGGGAUUAUGUUGGAGAGCGAGAAGAAGAUAGUGGAGAUGAUGGAUCAGCGGAGCCCCAUGUCCAAGUAUUGGAUGCCGCUUGUCUGGGCGACCAACAUCAUCAACAGAGCUCGCAAAGAGGCCCUCAUCACCUCGGAUCACGUGGUGCAGACUUUGCUCAUCGAACUGUCUGAGCACAGGCGACGCCUUGGGUCCAUCAUCAGCUACGAUACCGUCUGCAUACCGCUCGUCUACACCCAGGUAGUGACUCUCUCGGUCUACGUUUACUUUACGUCGGCCCUGAUGGGAAGGCAGUUCGUCGACAAUCCGGAAAAGGACAAGGAUGAUGUAGAUAUAUUUUUUCCGUUCUUCACCGCCCUCCAGUUCUGUUUCUACAUCGGCUGGCUCAAAGUGGCCGAGGUACUCAUCGGCCCGUUUGGCGAGGACGACGACGACAUAGAGCUCAACUGGCUAAUCGAUCGUCACAUCAAGGCUGCUUACAUGAUCGUCGACGAGAUGCACGAGGAGCAUCCUGAGCUGCUCAAGGACCAGUACUGGGAUGACGUGGUACCUCGCGACCUGCCAUAUACCGUUGCUUCGGAACAGUACCGCCGCAACGAGCCCAAAGGUUCGGCAGAGUUCUACAAAGUCAAGGAGACCGAAGCGCUCUACGCGAAUUUGACCCACCAUAGGAAAUCCGUAGCACACGACGACGUUUAUGCCGAUUAUGAAAGCGUGGAUACACCGUUAGUUGAGAGACGAAAGAAUUGGUUUCAGAGACAGAUGCAGCGUAUGGGUUCGAUCAGGUCGUCGUCGACCAUGUAUAGCUCGGGCCUUUUUGGAGGGAACAGGACUAGGCAUAAUUCUGUAUAUUCCAGUCCUGACGCGGUAAUACAGGUGGGCCCGGUUGGGCAGCUGCCGCAUACCCAGAACCAACAGCACGCCCAGCCUCACCACAAGAUGUCAAUAUACGACAGGCUUAUUGGCCGCAAAUCGACCAGGAGAGGAAGAGGUCCUGGUAAACUUAAUGUUACAGCGAUCCCAGCGAACCUGAAGAACAGACCAAGGAUCCCGACGCCGGACGUGACGAAGGAGGUGACCGACAAAGAUAACAAGCUCGUGUUCCCGAACAACAACAACAACCACAUCAGCACUGUGUCGAACGCCUUGGCGAAUCCGACGAUCCCAGACAUCCCAGUCUCCCAGCAUCCACCGGUCGUUCAGGUUAUGCUCUCGACCAUUCAGGAGCUGGACGGCAGUCAGUCGACUAUCACGUCAACAGGGAGCACAGCUGCGUUGGCUCAGGCGGUCCUUUCGCCGACGCUCAAAUCAGCAGGAUUGACCGGGAUGAUCGGACAGCCGAUCCAAGUGGCCGUCACCCCAGGCGUCAUAGCGUCGACGGGCGCUCAGCCUCUGCUGACGUCCUUCAACCUCGUGACGACGGCCGCGCCGAGCCAAGACGGCACACCCAAGAUAAUCGAGAUGCCUCAUGAGGACCGCAGCGACAGCGCAUGCGGCAGUUCAAGCGGCAGCACAUCGAGCAACGAGGACCGCAGCAGGAAGACGAGCGUGACCUCACAGCACAGGAGGGGUGAGGUCUACGUCUGAUCUGAUAUUACGGAAGAGGAAGCAUGGACAUUUCUAGGACUUUUUUUCCAAUUUUAAUUCCCUUAAGACUUUUUAUUGCAAUUAUAUUUUAAUUUGUUUGGAGGACGCUAGUGAACAUGUGCGUAGAAUCAAGAAGCAAUAACUGUGAUUUCUUUUUUUUAUGUUUUACUUUUUAAGAGCAUUAUUUUUGCUAUAAUUGAAACGAUCUUUUUAUGAUUUCUUGACUAUAUUUAUUUUGAUGUUUUUGACUAUAUUUGUUGUCCGUAUGUCUCUUAGAACUUUAAAAUAAAAUGAUUGUUAAUAAUAAUGAUUUUUACCGAAAAACAAGCGAACCACUUAAAACAAAAAAGAAAAACAAAUUAUUCUGAGUUUUAUUUAUUAUAGCGUUUUGUUAAUUUGUGUCUAAUUUAAAUUAUUGUUUAAACAAAUAUGUAUUUUUAUUAAACAUUUUUUGUAGUAUUUAUGAGUGAUGUAUUUUGGGGCUACAAAGAAAAUAAUGGCACAGAUAAAGAAGGCUGUGCAACAUGGAAUGAAGUGCCAUUCAGAAAGAGCAAUUUUGAUUUAUUUUUGAAAAAGAAAACUAUAUUUUAAAAGUAUUAAUAAAUAAUUGAAUAUGUAAUUAAAAUUAAAUUGCCUUUGUACAUAAAUAUAAAAAAUAAAUAAACAAAUAGUUUGUCGAGCAUUUAGAAACAUUUUUAGAACUAGUUUUAAAAUUGUCAUAUUAAUAAUAUAUAUAUAUAAUUUUUGCGAUUUGUGCGUAUUUAUCAAAAUAUGCAUGAACUUUUUAGCGCACAUACAAAUCUUUAAUUGUACCACUUAAGGAUUGUUGGAAGACUGUACCUAAUUCAAUGGUAGCAAAUGAAUGUUCAUGUCUGCCCAUAAGCAUGGGUUAUAACGAAUGAAAUGUGGUAAGAUUGUAAGAAUCAAAUGUAUUUAACGUCGGUAUAUGUAUAAGUGUGAAUGCAAAUACGAGGUAGAACAGAUAAAGAGUCAAGACGGAUAAAAUGAAUUACGUUGGCGUUUAUUAUAAUUUCAAUUGUUGAGUCAAAGUGUCGAGCUUUCAUUCAGCUCCGAUUGUCUUAUUUUUGUUCUUGAUUGUAUGUGUUGUAUGUACAUAUGGAUUAAUAAUUUUGUAUAUUAGUUAUAAUAUGAAAAAAAUAUAUUUCCCUUUUAACAAUU